AUGGCACUAAGGCCAUCCACCAACUUAUUCUUAACACUGAUACUCAAUUUGCUUGCCAUUUUUCCUCCAAUGGCAAUGGCUAGUGAUGCUGAUAUCUUGACAGAUUUUAAUCUUCCACCAAAUGUAUCAAAUGUGGAUGCUACAUUUUUCACGUAUACUGCUGCAAGAUCACUUGUAGGAGCACAGCCACCGACGGCCCUGAAUUUUCUCUUUGCUGACAAAACUAGCUUCCCUGCCCUGGAUGGCCAAGGUGUUUCCUUAGCCGUCUUGCGAAUGCCUGGAGGUGCUGUCAACCCUCCACACAGCCAUCCGCGCGCGACCGAGCUCCUUCUGCUCAUUUCUGGCUAUUUGGAAGUGGGAUUUAUAGAUUCAACAAAUAAGCUCUUCAAUCAAACACUAAAUGCUGGUGACAUGUAUGUGUUUCCUAAGGGACUCGUGCAUUAUCAGUUCAAUUAUGCACCUGAUGUUCCUGCCAUUUCUGUUUCUGCCUUUGGAAGUGCAAAUCCUGGCCUUGUGUCCAUUCCUUCCAAUUUGUUCCAAACCGAUAUUGAGGACAGAAUCUUGGCUUGGUCAUUCAAAACUGAUAUCCCUACCAUUCAGAGGAUCAAGGCUAGCGUUCAGGGUAGCCCCCAAGCAUAGAAAUUGGCUGACAACUUCAAGAUUUUGCAAACUUAUAAAGAGAACAAAUAUU